UGCCGCUGAUCCUAUUCGUCUCGCCUCCGCUGCAACCCACCGCGCUCGCCUUUCCGGCUCCUCCCGCCGCGAGAUCCGGCUCCGCCUCCGCCGCGCGUCGUCCGAUCGCCUGGUCGAUCGGCGGCCAUGGGCUGCGCCGGAUCCACGCCCAAAGUCGAUGAGAGCAGUAAGAACCUAAGGAAGCCUAAACCUUGGAAGCACACUCAGCCAAUAACACCAGCGCAACUCAAACAGAUGCGUGAUGAAUUCUGGGACACGGCUCCACACUAUGGCGGACAGAAAGAGAUUUGGGAUGCGCUUCAGGCCGCGACAGAAGCUGAUUUAACUCUUGCGCAGACCAUAGUGGACAGUGCUGGAAUCAUCGUUUCGAAUCCUGACCUCACGCUUUGUUACGACGAGAGAGGUGCCAAGUAUGAACUGCCUAAUUAUGUUCUGAGUGAGCCCACAAACCUGGUCCGUGAUGGCUGAAGAAAUACAAACUUGAGAACGUCUACGUUAAGCAAAUGUCUGGUACGAAUCAACGUGUGUUCAGCGGCGCAUGUUCGAGGAGAGUAGUACAUAAAGCAGAUCCGUGUGUAAGUUAGGUGAAAUCUUUGGAGGAGGUCGCUGGUUUGGGGUCGUAUUCGUAUCCAUAUCGAUGGAAUGAAAUCAUGGAAGGUCAUUGGCCAUCAACAGUUAGGCCGUUGGCUAUUGCUAAGACCCUGUUGCACGGCGGUUGUGGUCCUUGAGCUGUCGUCUAUGUACUCCGUUACUCUGUCCUGCUGGAGAGAGCUGCAGCACUACUGUCACUGACUUUGAUCCACUUACUGAAUGUUCUAUAUAUAGCAAUAAUAAUGUGGACAUAGUGAUUGAUUGCUUCUUGAUUUGUCCCUUGAAACUGGUCCUGUGGAACUGUACCAACAUCGAUGCUGUUGUAUUGCCCAAAUAAUUUGCUUUCAAUA